CUCAUGUCAAGCUCUUAAAGGUUGUUACAAUUGUUUUCAACUCAAAUUGGGGGGUAAUUUGGAAAAUGCCUAUACCAGACUAUCAUUUGCACGCCCAAACAGACAGAUUAUGAGUUACAUGGAUGAUUGCUUUGCCGGGGCGCCUCAAGACUUCCUCAUCUGCAUCACGGUGCACAAGGCCGCCAAAGUGGGCCUGGCCACGUCGGAGCUGUACGUCAAAGUCAGCCUGGAUAAGACAAGCAAGAGCACCAAGACAUUCCCAAACUCAGAGAAUCCCUUCUUCAAUGAGUACUUUGUGUUCGAGUUCCGCUGCACGCUCACGGACCUUCUCCGGAUGACCAUACUCUUUGAGCUGAAGAAGACCCAAACCCUUGUGAGAAAUCUUGUGGUGGGGGAGCUGCUGAUCGAUCUGCACAGCGUGUGGAACCAGCCGAAUCACGGAUUCUUCAAGAAAUGGGGUCGCCUAGAGCCACCCAUCGGGGAGAAUCCAGCCAGCGAGGAGGCCAGCCUCUUGCACCAUGGUUAUUUGCAGAUAGAUUUGGUCAUUGUCUCGCAGCACAGUUCGUUGGUGAAUAGCAACCCCAAUGGUAACGAGGAGCCGGACACCCAGAGCCUGAACAAGUGGACUGUGGACCAGGACUAUGAUGACAUUGAGAAGAAUCUGCUGCAGAACCCAAACUCGUACACGCCGAGCAACAUCCGCUACACCAUCGCCUUCUAUCGCGGAUUCUUCGUACGGAAGGGCAACUACAUGAUCCAAUACAGAUUCCAUCCUUUCAAGGGCAAAACGCCGGUGGCCAAGCAGACCACGACGCCCGUGUGGAACCACGAGAUCAGCUUCGCCUGGAUGUACCCAUCGCUGGCACAGCGUUUCCUCAUCCUGGUCCUCGUCCACGAGCACAUCAAAUGGAAGUGCGUGGCAGAGUACGAGCUGUCCUUCGAGGAGAUUGCCUUCAAGAGUAUACCCUCCUUGGGACCCACCUAUGUGCACCUGUACGAUCCCGCCAAUGCCCUGACCUAUGUGGGCCGCAUCCUACUGGAGUUGCGCUCUGAGGAUGUGGCGGAGGAGAGGCCCUCCCAUGUGAUCCUCUCUGAGGAUAUUCACGGCUUAGAUGAGUCUCGUUUCUGGAGGGAAGAAGUCUUCAUGGUGGAGUUCCUGCCCCUGCUCGGGGAUCACAUCCAAACCAGUGCCAGCAGCUACAAAAUCUCAAUGAAGCUGGCUGAGAACACUUCCACCGGUCUGGAGGGUCCCCUGAAGACGCCAGCGGGCAAGUUUCGCUCAGCAAUGCACUCGAAAAGCUUCCGCCAGGAUGCCCCCUACCGAUCGUGCGUCCUUCGUGCCCGCCUGCCUGACAAUCGGGACAAGUACGAGAGCGACUACUUCAUGAUCGAUCUGAUUGGUUUUAUGCGCUCCGAGCUGGACACUUUUAAGGUGUUUCAGCUAAAGUCCCCGCAGCAGGACGUGAAUCAGGCAAAGUGCCUGAAGGCCAUCAUAUCCAGCAUCUUGAACAAAAUCAAGGAGGGUAUCAAGGAGCAUCGCUUCGAUCACGAGGUGGAGAACCAGCGCACACCCUGGGACAUCAAUCGCCAGCUGUUUCUCGUGGAAUUCUUUGCCAAGUUGCCGCAGGAGCUGCGCAUACUCAAACAGGAGCUGCGCCACUGCUUUGUGGAGAGCCUGGACGCCUCUGUGGCGGAUGUGGUGAACGAGUUGCAUCGCCUGGUGGACAGGAUCACGGCGCUGUCCAACAUGACACGGCAGCAGGAUGAGUGGCCCGAUCUGCUGCUCUACCUGAGUGCCGGGGGCAAGGAGGUGGGCGUGUGCCGCCUCAAUGCCAAGCACUUUCUGCACCUCCAUCGGCGGGAGUUGCAGCAGAAUCAGUUCACACAGUGCUGGCGCCUAAAGAGCUUCGCCUUCAAGGCACUCGGCUGCAUCCACAGCUGCCCCAACUGCGGCUGCAGCACGGCCAUGAUCCUCGGCUGCAUCGGCAUCGUGGUCGAGCGGGAGCGCAAGCAAUUCGUCUCCCAGAACAUCGGCGACUGGGUCUCCAUCGAGCCGAUGGUCUGGAAGACGCGUGUGGCAUGGACCUUCUUCCGCUGCCACGUGUACAUCCACCAGGCCAAAGUGCGACCCAGCGGCGAGAAGAAACACGUCGCCGACUCCCAUCUGCGGAUUCUUUUCGGGGAGCAGGCCGCCGAAACGGACACCUCCCCUGGCACUCUGUCGCCCAUCUGGGACGCAGAAAUCACCUUCAAGUGCAUCACCCUGCCCGGCAGUGUCGACUGGUACGUGCAGAAUCCUCCGCUGCUCUCCCUGGAGUUCUACAACAAGGAGAAAUCGCUCGCCGAUGAGCUCGUGGGCAAGGGCCAUCUGAUGGCCAGCGUGAUCAGUGGAGAACAAUUCGCAGACUCUGCCUGGGAGGAGGGUCCGCUGGGCUGGUCCAAGGGUCCCCUCUACAAGCUGCAGCGGCUGAAGCACGUCUCUCCCCCGCCCCUCAAGUGGGUGCCGCUGGCGAGAAAGGGCGCCGUCCAGGCGGAGGUUCUCAUGUCCGCCGAGUUCAUCGAGCUGGCGGAUGGCGUUGUCGAUGGCAGCAAGGAGCCCAUCCUCACCACGGGCAUUCCACAGGCCAUUCGACCGAAUGUCCUGAACUUUGUUUUGGAGGUUGUGUUCGUGGGUCUGCGCAACUACUCCAAGAGCACAAUGAGUGGAGCGGGCAAGCGAAAGAUCAAGAUCAUGAUGGGUGACCAGGUGCUGACGAGUGGCCCCUCGACCGCUCGCAUUGGCAACAGCAUCAACUUCCUGGUCGCCUAUGCCUCAGCCGUUGUGAGUCUGCCCGAUCAGCAGGAGUACUGGCCAGCCAUAAUAGCUGCCGAUGUGCUUAUCUCCGGCUUGACAACAGAGUCCGUUCUGGGUGCUGCACUCAUACCGAACUCCGGCAGCUUCCUGCAGCGAGGCAAGACGACCAAAUGCGGCACCCAGAGCUGGGCGGCAUCAUCCACCACCGCCACCACCGCACUGUCAGUGGAUGAGAAUGACAAUACGGGAAUAGAGUCCUCAGUGGAAGUAGAGGACACAGAAAUGGAGUACAGCGAUGAGGAGGAGGAUGAGGAGGAGUCCCCCGCCAAGUUGAGUCGCCUUUGGCGGCGACUGUUGUUCGCCUUGGGCCUCCGACCCGCUGCCUACGCCAACAGACUGGCCCUGAGGUACGGAUCCGAAGACAUGGACCACAGCGACCUCAUCGCGGAGGGACAGUUCACGUGGUGGACAAAGUUCUACAAUUCGAUGUACUGGAAGGCGGCAGAGAUGACGCACGAGUACAAGCAUCGGCUGGUCAUCUUUCCCAACGAGCUGGAGAAGCAGCCACAGUUCGGCCACCUGCAGGACUGGGCCGUGCCCGUGCAGAUGGUGCACGGAGUGAAGUUCAAGAAGCAGGCCCCGCCCAAGGAGGAUGUCUACGCCACGCUAAAGAUCCAAAUCAAGCUUACGCCCUGCCAGUGCGGAGCCUGGGAUGAAGGCGGAGGCGGAGACAUGAUUCGCCCCUGGCAGCAGCCACAAAUCCGCGCCAGCAGACGCUGCUCCAGUCCCUGGCCGAGCCAGUGCGUCUGGCUGUCCGGGUGUAUGUGGUGCAGGGUCUGCAGAUGCGCCCGCGAGACGUGCACGACGAAUCCGACUGCUACGUGAAGCUGCUACUGGGCGGCAGGACGCUCUCCGAUCGGGCGGCGUACAUCCCCAACCAGAGCAACCCCAUCUUUGGGCGCAUCUUCGAGCUG